AGCAUAAUAAAACAGUGGGCGUUGACAGAACGGCUUUUCCUGUUCCGUUGGGAACGUAGACGCACUCCAGACUACUAUAGUAGUAUCUCUUGACUAGCGUUCGUCAACAAGAAGACGACUGCCUGCAGAGUUUCUCUCUCUCCCUCUCUCUCUCUCGACUCAAACCCUCCUUGGGAUCCCUUUUUCGCAGUCAGGAAUCUCGUUUUCCCAUCUUUGAUUCGGCCAUGGCGUCCGCAAUGCGCAUGGUUUUCGGGUUGCUUACUUUUGUCACUGUCGGCAUGAUCAUAGGAUUUAUAUCCAAGGAUGGGUUGGCAUGUGAGUAAUAUGCCAGAUCCAACAAGAAAGGUGAAAGUAACAUAGAGAAGGUUCUUUUGCUUCUUGUGCGAAGUUAGUUGCACAUCUGCAGAUAGGCAAUGCUAUGAUAGGCCAUCAAUGACUUGAAAGUAAUCUCUUGCUAUGAGGAUCAGUAGCAUGUUUAUUACACUAGGAGCUUUGUUUCAACUAGCAUUCAUUCGAAGGUUGGAGGAUUCAUAUGAGUUCCCUUCAUUCAGAAGACUGCACGAAACUCGGAAUUCUGGCAAUCUUCAGUUGUCCAGAGGUAUGCCUUACUGGGUUGGUGACAAAGAAGCUGAAACUUUACGUAUUGGAUAUGUGAAACCUGAGAUAAUUAGCUGGUCUCCACGAAUCAUUCUACUUCAUAAUUUUUUGAGUACAGAUGAAUGUGAUUACCUAAGAGCAAUUGCAAUGCCCCGUCUUCAGAUUUCCACAGUGGUGGAUACAAAAACUGGGAAGGGAAUCAAAAGUAAUGUUAGGACGAGCUCUGGCAUGUUUCUGGCUCCAGAAGAGAGAAAGUACGCAAUGAUACAGGCAAUUGAAAAGCGGAUCUCAGUAUAUUCUCAAGUACCAGUAGAAAAUGGGGAGCUUAUUCAAGUUUUAAGGUAUGAGACAAAUCAGUUCUACAGGCCGCAUCAUGACUACUUUUCAGAUACUUUCAAUUUGAAACGUGGUGGCCAACGAGUAGCUACAAUGCUCAUGUACUUGAGCGAUAAUGUUGAGGGGGGAGAAACAUACUUUCCCAUGGCUGGUUCCAGUGAAUGCAGCUGCGGUGGAAGAAUGAUGAAGGGGAUGUGUGUAAAACCUAAUAAAGGAGAUGCACUGCUUUUUUGGAGCAUGGGUCUGGAUGGACAGUCGGACACUAGUAGCAUUCAUGGAGGAUGCGAGGUACUGUCCGGGGAAAAGUGGUCGGCGACGAAAUGGAUGAGGCAGAGAGCUACUUCUUGAUUUUCUGUAGCUUCUAAAUGUAUAGAUAGUUUUCAUUGUUUGUUUUAUUUUCUCUUUGUCCUCUUUGUCGAUGUAAAUGACUAAAUCCAUAAAGCUAGAAUAAAGCAACUAAGUUUCCAUUGU